AAUAUUACAUUUCUACCACCUAAAUACUAAUUUUACAACAUAAAUACCACUCCAGUCUUCACUCCGUCGGACCAUCGUCCGUCCGCCUCUUCGCAAAGGAGAAAUGCCAAAUUGGCUGGAAAGAUUUCGGUCUUUGAAGAAAUAAGUGCAAAGGAGCCAAUUGACCUCUCUGCUUCCAGUUAUAUACAUUUUUUAUGUUGAACGAUGGAGAAAACCCAAGCCUUUAUUUUCAUAAGGAAGAUGUUCUGCUAUGCAUGCUUCCCCUGUUCCAUAUCUAUUCCCUUAACUCUGUUUUGCUUUGUGGGCUGCAUGCGGCUCAGCUAUUGUGACAAUGAAGAAUUAUGUCUUCGUGAAGUUGAUGGAGUUGGCGGAGAAGUACAGGAUUACGGUGGCGCCAUUUGUGCCGCCCAUAGUGGUGGAGAUAGCGAAGAGUGAGGCGGUGGACAGCUAUGACUUAUCAUCGAUGAGGAUGGUGAUGCCAGGGGCGGCACCAAUGGGAAGAAAUUGCAGGAAACACUUACGACUAAGCUUCCUAACGCUAAACUUGGACAUGUACGUUGAUAGUGUUCAUGAUAACGAUUACGUCGUCAGUUUUCGACUGGGCACGAAGGCGAUCGGCGAGGAUAUCGAAGGCCAGCAGCAGCCAGCCGCUAAGAGGCGGACAAUGGUCGAAAUGCGGAAGGAAGAGACGGAGUGAACACUGAGUGGUAUUUCUGUUGUAAAAUUAGCAUUUGAGUGGUAGGAAUGUAAUAUUUAACUUUUUGGUGUUAAAUAUAUAAUAUAGAUAUAAUAAA